AUGGAGCAGGGGAGCUUCCCUGUGGAGUGCCCUGGGCCCAUCAGGGUGAAGAACGCAGCCUGCCUGGUGGGGUGGCGAACCCCAGGGUCGCUGCUGCUGCUGCUGCUGGCAGGAGUCACUGCUGGGGCCGUAGCUGGGGGACUUCUGGGUUCUAUCCAUGACCUUCCCAAGACCCUUCAGAGCCCCCAGGCCAACCAAACCACCCUGGUGGAUGUGGACAGAAACAUGGCCACUGUCACUGUGACCCCUCCUCGGAGCAACCGAAGCUGGGUGGUUCUAUUCGACGGGCAGAGCGGCUGCGUCUGCUACCGGCCUGCAGGUCACCCAGCCUGCUUUCUGCACCCCAUGGAGCCCCGGGACCAGGAGACCUUGUGGCUGCUGGUGAACAGCUCACAGGCCCCAGGGAUCCGAGGCCCCAGCCAGGACAGUGGCUACACCACCCAGGAGCUGCUGGCUGUGCUGGGGAGGGAAGAGGUGGACCCUGCCCAGGUGGGGCCUGCAGUGCAGCACCUGUGUACCCAGACACCCAUCUACUGGGCCCGUCGUACAGAGGGGCCCCUGAGACAGCGGUUGAUCUACCUCUGUAUUGACAUCUGCUUCCCAAGCAACAUCUGCGUGUCCGUAUGCUUUUAUUACCUGCCUGACUGA